AUGUCCAUGGCACCAUCGAAACAAGCAGUUAUACAAGCAUAUCGUAGCUUACUUAGAACACAAAGACAAGUUUUUGAUACUGCUAGAAGAGAAACCUAUAAUCGAUUUAUGCAGUAUAAAAAUGAAACAAAUAUUGAUAUUCUUGAAGAGAAAUUACAACUAGCAAAACAAGUAGAAACAUUAUUAAAAAGAAUGUUAUUCAAAGCGUAUUUCACCAUAGAAUUAAGGAUUACAAAAGAUACAGAAUUGGGCGAUAAUGAUUCAAUCAAGAAAACAAAAAAUAUCAACCGUCAAAAGAAGAAUGGAUGUUGUGGAAAACAUUAA